AUGCAGACGACCUUGCCCUCAUCUGUGACAGCUCCCAGACGCGCCAAGCCGCGCUGGACAGAUAAGCACGGGAUGUCAGCCGCUUCGGGCUUUGCUUCGCACCAUCAAAAGUGCAAUGCGUUCCUUCAAGAUUGCCAAGGAUCGCCCCCUGCGCUGACCCUUGUUGGGGACCAGCUAGAAGUCGUUCAAAAGUUCAAUUACCUGGGAAGUUGUGUCAGCGCCCUUGGGAUCGAAGACGAGCUCACGAACCGCGUAGCAACAGCUCGAAGUGCUUUUGCUAACCUUCUCCACUUAUGGCGGCGGCGCGACAUUACACUCGCCCUGAAGGGUAGAGUGUAG